AUGUGGUUGAAUGGGAGGAGUCGCAAACGACGAUAGCGGCGGCCCCAAACAAUAACUGCCAGAUGUUUUUCUUCGUCAGAACAUGGCUCUAAAAACAUAUUGGACGUUUGUGUUUCUUCUUAUUGCAGCAGGUCGAUCUUUUGCUGAAGAUGGUCAUCAUGAAAUGGAGGAGUUUCUGAAAAGGGAGCAUUCAUUGUCAAAGCCCUAUCAAGGUGUGGGUUCCUCCAGCUCCUCCCAUUGGGAAUUGAUGGGCGACGCCAUGGUAACCACAGAUCAGGUGCGCCUCACAUCUGACAUGCAGAGCAAGCAGGGGGCAGUGUGGAGCCGCAUUCCCUGUCACCUAAGGGACUGGGAGUUACAAGUGCACUUUAAGAUUCAUGGCCAAGGCAAGAAGAAUCUGAAUGGGGAUGGACUGGCAAUUUGGUACACCAAGGAGCGCAUGCAGAAAGGUCCUGUGUUUGGAAACCAGGACCUCUUCACAGGGCUGGGUGUGUUUGUGGACACGUACCCCAAUGAGGAAAAACAUCUAGAGGCGCAGAAGACGAGGUACACCACACGCACACAGAGGAUCUUCCCCUUUGUGUUGGCGAUGGUGGGGAACGGAAGCAUUAGCUACGACCACGAACGAGACGGGCGUCCCACUGAGCUGGGUGGCUGCAACGCCAUGGUGCGCAACCUCAAACACGACACUUUCAUCUUCAUCAGAUACGUCCGCCGCAGGCUCACGAUUAUGAUUGACAUUGAUGGGCAGCAUGAAUGGAGGGACUGCCUGGACAUACCAGGGGUACGGCUGCCCCAGGGCUACUACUUUGGAGCCUCUGCCAUCACUGGAGAUCUCUCUGACAAUCAUGAUGUGAUCUCCCUGAAACUGUACCAGCUGACGGUGUUACGUAGUGAGACAGAGGAAAAGGAGGAGGAAGAGGAGAUCACUCUACCCAGUGUAGAUAACAUGGACCUACUAAGGAUGGGUGAGAAUGAAGAGGGGUGGAGUAAUAUUGCCAUGUUCUUCAUCAUCCUCUUCUCCAUGCUGGGCUGUUUCCUGCUCAUCGUGGUCGGCCUCAUCGUCUACAGCCACUGGAAUGAGAACAGACGCAAACGCUUCUACUGAGACGGAGAGAGAGAGAGGCCUCCCAUCAUAACCACUAUUACUGCAGUCUGAGGACAAAACUGCACUAAGACACUGAAGUGACUGACGAGACUGAAGUGACUGACGAGACUGAAGUGACUGACGAGACUGAAAUGAGAACAAGACGGAGACACUGACCUCCCAAUGUAAACCAAUAUGCUGACAGACAGCGGUAGCCCUGGGACAACACUAGUGAAUCCUGGAAAAGACUGAGCAGCGGAUGGAUGCAUUUAAACACUACAGCAACAAACCACACUGACCCCUGCCAUAAGUAGAGAGACACUGAUACCUUUUUACUUCCUGUCCCCACCCCCAUCCUCACCAACCAGGCCUUACUCUACACACAAAUAGAGAGCAUAUGAUUAUGGACAUGUACUGACAGCUUGAAAUGACCCGUGUUGUCAUAGUCCAGCGGCUAAUUGGCCGGCAGGGGGGUAAUGGACAAAAUCUGCGAUGACACUAUAGCCAAAAAUACUUAUUUAGACAUGCCCUAUCUGUGUGUGAAAUUUGGUGCCUCUUAUCACAAAAGGCACAAUUUUUUCCCCUGCUGGCUACACUGGACUCUGCCAUUGCUGGUUUAGUUUUGUUGUCUUUUUGAGGGUCUGGAGAGAUGGAUUUAUACUGACAGAUGAGUUGUUUUAGAAUGUCAAAGGGACAAAGUAUCCGAUGUGUUCUUACUCAACAGCCCACAUGACCAGCUCCCAUCAGCAGAACACUCUGGCACUUUUCUGCUUCGCUCUAGAAACAGCGUUGGGAUAGUUAUGUCAUAUUUGCCUCUAUGGUGCUUGCAAUCAAUGUAAGUCUUUGUGCAUUUCAAUUGAUUCAGACUGUUUUAAUUCAUUCUCAUACUCUCAUACAUAUUUUGUUAGCUUGAAAGAUGUAUGGUUGCAAAUCAUUUGUUUUAUCGCGUCUUGUCAAAUUGAAUGUACAAUAGUUACUGUAGAGUGCAUGAAGGUAAUUAAGGUCAUUUUUAACUCCGUUUGUCAUGAUUGAUUAGGUAGCUGGUUGAUUUUAUUAUUGUGUGUAUGACCAUAUGAAAUGGAAAGGUGACCGAUCCCUCUCCCUUCAGGUUGCAUGUUCUUAGGGGAAUUUAUUUAAAUGAGUUGCCUGUUACAUUUGAUUGUUCCUAGUACACUGUUUUAACUUAAUUCACAUUGUCUGUGUCUUCUAAUUGUUAUGUGUGGUGUACUCAAAUUUGUAAGUUAUGCGGAAGAGAGCACAAGUGAGGCUUUGCUGCAUCUCAUGUCUUCUUGUGGUUGAAAAAGCUUUAUUUUCAAGCCACAGACACUUUGUUUCACUAUAAGUGUCAGGCUGUGCUGUACCCUUUUUGUUGUUUUGUGUCAUAUUACCAAAUAGCCCUAGCCAGUGGUAUGGAUUCCAGAACAAUGUGUAUGUUGCAGUUUCUCCCAGACCUGACAUCAGUACGCAACCAAUAACAUUUCAAAGUCAUUUUAAGGAAUUAUAUAAUCCCUGCUCUGAAAGGGAUGGUUUGGAAUUGGGAUACUGCAGACGCAAUCCAUUAUAAUUCCACAUGUUCUGAGAAACUCACCCACUGAGCCUCACUGUAUCUGAACCCGGUGUUUUGUCUCCUAAUGAGCAAUGUUUGAAGACAUUGUUGCACUGCUCUCAAUUGCCCAUGCUUCCUUUUAUCCCUCUUGUUAAGCCACCUUGUCUCAGUGUGGGGUGGCAGGUAGCCUAGCAGUUAGAGCGUUUGGCCAAUAACUGAAAGGUUGCUAGUUCGAAUCUCCGAGCCGACUAGGUAAAAAAUAUCUGUCCUUGAGCAAGGCACUUAACCUUAUUUGCUCCCGGGUCGCCAUCAAAGGGCGUCUCAGGAGUGGGAUAUGCAAAAAAAAAAACAUUUUACAACACGCUUGUACAUGUGUGAAACAGGACAAAUAUAAGCACCCCCUAUUUGACCUCAUCUUUCCACUGAGGAAUGUAAAAUACGGGAGCUUUUUUACUAUGUUGAUGGUACACUUGUGUGUUUUUGUUGCCAUUAAAGAACAACCUUUAGUGA